AUUGAAAAGAAUGGCGUAGAUGCAUUCUUGAAAUCAAUAAACGAAUUACGCGAAGCAAACAGUAAACUGGAAGACGAAACCAAAAAUGAUGAAUCGACCAAAAAUGAUGGAUCGACAAAUCAGGAAGAAGAUAAACCACCCAAAUAUCCAUCUUUUGAUCUUAUGAUGGCCAUGCUAUUCGAUAAAAUUCAGAGUGAAAUCAAUAAUGAAAGUCCCGAAGAAGUUGGUGAGGAAUUGGUGAGGAAGUUGAGAGAACAUUGUAAUAAAUUGAGUAAAGAACAAAAGGAAGCUAAAAAAGAAUUGGAAAAGGAAGAAAGGGAAGCUAAAAAGAAGAUUACUAUGGAUGACUUGCAUACAGGCAUUAAUAUACUGAAUCCUGAUGCAAAGUUAAAACCUCUUGAAGGUGAAUCGUUUGCAGCUAUUAAAAAUUAUGAUGAUAGUUACAAAUUUAUAACUGACCACCCUGAAGUGGUAGAACAAGACAUAUCAGAUCAAAUUUUGGGUGAGGCAUUCCGUGCGCAAUUAAAAGGAAAGGACAAGUAUGCUAAACAAUAUCCACAAGCACGUGAAGUUUUUAUAAAGGAUGUUAAUGAGACUUAUGACCGUAUUCGUGAACGUUGUAAAGUAAUGAAUGCUGAGAAGACGCAAAGGCCUCAAAAAGCUCAGGUGGAACAAAUUCAAAUAGAAGUUACCGAUCCAAAUACUUCUCUCAAU